AUGGCGACAAUUAGAUCCGCCACGGCUCCCCCAGUCGAGCACAGCAUCGAGGUAGACACGAUCUGCUUCUACGAGCACGCCGCCCCCGCCGGCCGAUUUGCGGUGUGCGUGGCAUGCUAUCCGACGAGUUCCAUCGGCUUCUGCAGGCUCGGCGCCGCGCUGCCCCACGAAUCGGUUAUGCAACCCGGCGAGAACUCCCUGACGACGUUCCUCGUCGCUGACCCUGCCACGCUCCGGACCGCCGCCGCCUGCCACGGCGCCCUGCGCGGGAUGCUGGCGGCGCUCCCUGAGCUCCAGUCGCUGCGCCUCGCGGAGGACGAGUGGGACGCCGUCGUGCCCGCGGAUGUGGUGCAGGCGAUCGUGGGCGCGGCGGGCCGGGGCACCGGCUUCACCUUCUGCUUCCAUAUGGGGGUGCACCGCCGGGUGAUACACGACGAACGGGCUCUCCUCAUGGCGUGCAGGGAGUGGCGGCUGGCGUCAACGGCGCUGGAAGAGAAGGACUGCGGGAUCUGCCUCGAUGGACUGGAGCGAGAGUCCGCCGCGCAGAUGGCGUGCUGCGAGCACGCGUUCCACCGCCGGUGUAUUUCCGUGUGGAUCUCCAAGGCGACGUGCCCGAUGUGCCGGCGCGACGUCUGGCGCCCUGCCGUGCCGGAGAUCCUUGAACUGUCAUUCGCCGGCGCGCCGGCUCAAGGCAUGCCAGAUAUUGAGUAG